AUGCAGAUGAACACCGUGAAAACCAUCUUCUGCUUUCUACUCGUUGCUGCUGUCUUACCGUGGACUGAAGGUCAGUUUCCUAGAGUUUGUACUUCCCUUGCGAGCUUAAAAAACAAGACAUGUUGUCCAAUCCCGAAACAUUUUUCUGAGCCAUGUGGUAGCGAUGGGAACCGAGGAACAUGCGAGGAAUUGAUUAUCCGUAAGUGGAAUUACAGUUACAGCCAUUUUGAACCGUUCCAGAACGACGACGAACGUCACAACUGGCCACGCGCUCUUUAUAACAGAACCUGCAAAUGCAACGGCAAUUUUGGUGGUUACGAUUGUGGCAAAUGCGAGUUCGGUUACCGUGGCGUCUACUGUACGAAAAAGAAAACCUUGACACGGAGAAAUUUUCUAAAGUUGUCCGCUCAGGAGAAAGAUCGUUAUAUGCGAUAUGUUAAUGAGUCCAAAUACCUUUUAAGCGACUAUGUUGUCACAACCAAAUUUUAUGAAGAAAUCAACGAAGCCGUCGAAGCAGACGAAGAUCCGAGCGGCCUAUUUUACAACGUCAGUAACUAUGACCUAUUCACAUGGACACAUUACUACGCGGCCCGUGACACUAUUUACCCGCAUAAUGUCACGAGGGUCGACAUCGACUUUGCACAUGGCGGACAGGGAUUUCCUACUUGGCACCGACUGUACUUGCUCGCAUGGGAGAGGGUAUUACAG